AUGGCGCACGAUGAGAUCAGCCAGGGCACUCUUCAAGCAGCCACACCAGAAGCACCUGUGGUUCCUGGACAAGCCCGGGAUCAGCUCGAGAUCGAAGGCGAAGGCGACAGAGACCCCGACGAGAACAUUAUCUAUCCGAAAGGUCUCAAACUUUGGCUAUCCAUGACUUCAGUGAUUCUUUCAGUGGUCUUCGUCGGCCUGGACUUGACAAUUGUCGCAGUUGCUGUGCCUAGCCUAACCAAUCAAUUCAAGACGGUGCAGGACAUCGGCUGGUAUUCUGCGGCUUACAUGGUCAUUCUCAGCAGCUUCACCUUCCUCUACGCCCAGCUGUCCACCAUAUUCUCGAUCAAGCGCCUGUUCUUGUUGUCCAUAUUCGUGUUCCAGCUCGGCUCUCUGUUAUGCACUAUUGCUCCUGUCAGCGCCGUCUUCAUUCUCGGCCGUGCAAUUGCUGGAUUGGGAAGCUGUGGCUUGAAUAUAGGCGGCUUCGUCAUCAUCGCACACAGCUUUCCCCGCCAUAAGCGACCGCUGUGGACAGGCCUCGCUUCCGCACUAAAUGGCACCGCUAUGGUUCUUGCUCCUCUGAUCGGCGGUCUUUUGAUCGAUGCUUUCUCCUGGCGGGCCUGCUUCGGUAUCAAUCUGCCGCUGGGAGUCUUGACAUUUGUUUUGACUGCAUAUGGAUUCCGUGACCCCGCUGAGGAGCCAUAUCCAGAUGCAACAUUCUUGGAGAAGCUGAAGAAGCUGGAUGUUCUAGGUACAGUCUUCUUCGUUCCGGGAAUUGUUUGUCUCCUCUUGGGACUACAAUGGGGCGGAGUCAAGUAUGGUUGGAACAAUCCCAUCAUCAUUGUGCUGUUCAUACUCUUCGCCGUCUUUGUUGCUGUCUUCAGCUACAUCCAGUACCGGAAGCAAGAGAAAGCAACUCUGCCUCCUAGAAUCCUAAAGCAACGGAGCGUCCUUGCUGGCGCAUGGUUCUCAGCUUGCUGCAAUGGCAUUCUCGCAGUCACGGAGUAUUACUUGGCAAUAUACUUCCAGGGCGUGAAGGGUUUCUCGGCCUCGAAAUCAGGUGCCAUGGGACUGCCCUUGAUGGUCGGCUUCUGUGUUGCUGAACUUCUGGCCAGCACAUUUACAACCAUUAUUGGCUAUUACUAUCCAUUCAUGCUUGGGACAUCUGUCAUUGCGCCUGUCGCGGCUGGUCUCCUCACCACGCUGGAUCUGGAUGAGAGCAUUGUCAAGGUACUCUGCCUGCUUGGAAUGUUAGGAGCCGCUGUGGGCUUGGGCAUGCAAGGGCCAAUACUCGCCGUUCAGACUGUGCUUCCUCUGAAGGAUAUCGCGACGGGCCUCGCUGUAACGGGCUUCGCAGGUGGUCUCGGCUCGUCAUUUUUCAUAUCCGUGUCGUCUACAUUAUUUCAGAACAGGCUGGCCGAAGAGGUCGAGAAAUAUGCGCCGGGCACUAACACGACCGCUUUUGAGCACGGAGGACUUGCAAAUGUGAGAGAUUACAUCGGAGCUGACAGACUACGAGAUGUACUAUUAGGUUAUGACAAGGCGGUCAUGCAGACUCUCUAUCUGCCAGUUGCGCUUGCUGCUUUGACCAUCGUCGGCAGCCUUGCGAUGGAGAGGAAGAGCGUGAAGAAGAAGCAGUCAUGA